GCAGCUGUCUAUCGUUGUCUCUGAUUGGGAACCAUAUUUAGGCAGCCAUAUUCUGUGGGUAUUUUGUGGGUGAUUGCUCCUGUUUCCAGUGUUCCAGUGUUAGUGUUCACGUUACGGGACUGUUUCGUCUUCAUUAUUUUUGUCGGUUUGUUGUUUUUGUUCAUUGUUUAAGCUUCCCCCUGAAGCUAGAACAGCAGAGUCCCUACCCAUAUUCUGAAAAACAUCUGAAACCUUACCUCUUCAAAGAGUAUCUUAAAUAAUCCUUCCCCUCACAACACCCCUCCCCCCCAAAAAAAACACUUAACCAGCACUUGUACUUGACCCCCCUUCUAGCUCUGACUCUACAGAUAGCUACAAUCUUGAGUUACAUUUACUUUCUCUGCCUGCGAUGUGUGGUUGUCUUAAGAUGAAUGCACUAACUGUAAGUCGCUCUGGAUAAGAGCGUCUGCCAAAUGACAAAAAAUAUAAAAUAUUCUUGUAAAUUGACCGGACUGUUGCUUUUUCAUCAGAAACUAUAAUAUUGUUUGGUUCUGUAUUUCACAUGUUAAGUUCAUUAGCAUCCCAGUGGCAGUGUAAGAAGGUAUCCAUAGUGCUUUGUUGUAAGCACACAGACAUUUGUAGAGUGCAGUGUAAGAAGGUAUCCAUAGUGCUUUGUUGUAAGCACACAGACAUUUGUAGAGUGCAGUGUAAGAAGGUAUCCAUAGUGCUUUGUUGUAAGCACACAGACAUUUGUAGAGUGCAGUGUAAGAAGGUAUCCAUAGUGCUUUGUUGUAAGCACACAGACAUUUGUAGAGUGCAGUGUAAGAAGGUAUCCAUAGUGCUUUGUUAUAAGCACACAGACAUUUGUAGAGUGCAGUGUAAGAAGGUAUCCAUAGUGCUUUGUUGUAAGCGCACAGACAUUUGUAGAGUGCAGUGUAAGAAGGUAUCCAUAGUGCUUUGUUGUAAGCGCACAGACAUUUGUAGAGUGCAGUGUAAGAAGGUAUCCAUAGUGCUUUGUUGUAAGCACACAGACAUUUGUAGAGUGCAGUGUAAGAAGGUAUCCAUAGUGCUUUGUUGUAAGCACACAGACAUUUGUAGAGUGCAGUGUAAGAAGGUAUCCAUAGUGCUUUGUUGUAAGCACACAGACAUUUGUAGAGUGCAGUGUAAGAAGGUAUCCAUAGUGCUUUGUUGUAAGCACACAGACAUUUGUAGAGUGCAGUGUAAGAAGGUAUCCAUAGUGCUUUGUUGUAAGCACACAGACAUUUGUAGAGUGCAGUGUAAGAAGGUAUCUAUAGUGCUUUGUUGUAAGCACACAGACAUUUGUAGAGUGCAGUGUAAGAAGGUAUCCAUAGUGCUUUGUUGUAAGCACACAGACAUUUGUAGAGUGCAGUGUAAGAAGGUAUCCAUAGUGCUUUGUUGUAAGCACACAGACAUUUGUAGAGUGCAGUGUAAGAAGGUAUCCAUAGUGCUUUGUUGUAAGCACACAGACAUUUGUAGAGUGCAGUGUAAAGCAUAUUGUCAUUCGAAAUUCCAAGACGGGACGAAAGCUGGAUGUGUUCCAUGGAAUCAAUUCUCAUUUUCUGCAUUCUGUUUCUAUGUGACAUAUAGUCACUUCAUAAUUGGCUCAGAUACCUUCUACAAUGUCUCUCCCGAACUAAGAGCAUGGAAAAUAAUCCUGCAACAACAGGAAAUGUGAAUUAUUGUGUGGAUUAUAAUGAAUGGACAUUUCUGGCGGGGUUGAUACAUUUUUUGUUUAGACAAAUCAGUGGAAAUUACAAACUUAAGAAGCGUUUUUAAACCUUGAAUACUCUACACGUUUUCAUUUCCUGAUGGGUGAUCAAAUCCAGACAGGUCACCCGUGAUACUAGUCAGUAUUCGAUAUCCAUGCAGGUCUGCGGGCAUCGGGAGAUGAUGAUGAAUCCGGCCACAAGGGGCAACAGUGAGCUCUGUUACCUUCAAGUAGGUUUGGGUUGUGGAUGGGGAUGGUGGAUGGACAUAACCUCCUGCCUCUGAUUCCAAAGGUUGAAUGGUCAAAUCCAGCGAUAGAAUGUUUUUUUUUGUUUUGUUUUGUUUUAAGCCUAUCACAAACCUUAACCCUUAGCUUAACCAUUCGGAGUUCGAAAUUUGAUGUCUGGAACAACUGUGAGAACUUGUCAUUAAGAUCCUACACCUGUACGACGAGGGCCAAUCAGCAAAAGCAUUUGCUUUGGGAAUAACCAAUCUAUAUUCACACAGAUGUGUAUGGCUAUCAGAUGUUGUUUGCAUUAGGGGUGAUGUGUCUGUGAUUGGAUUAGAAGUGUUGAAGCAUAAACGUGUUGUAAAUAGAACACUGCUGCAUGUGCUGUGGAAACAGUUCAUUUAUAACAUUGAAAAACUUUUAUUGAAAACAGUAAAGGUCUCCAUAGUGAUUUGUUC